UGGCAGGACCAGAACAACUCGAACGUGCUUCCCUCAGCUGCCUCAUGGGCUCGGGAGUAAAGCCAAAAAGCCCAGACCGAGGUCAGCGUGGAGGUCACAGUAGCACCUCUGGAAAGAUGCUUUUUAUUUUUACCGCUACCGGGAGGUUGGGCAUUGAGGGGGGAAGAACUUGACCAGAAAAAGCGGGAAGAAAAUCGGGUGGGCGUGGUCAAUCGCGAGCUAACUAAAGAACCGAGGGAAGAACAAUCUAGAAACCUAGAAUCUUUACAGCGUCCGGUCUCCUUAGCAACGACGCGCCGUCUUAACAGUUGAUUAUGUCUUUUGACUUUCUUACCCGGGGCUUAGAACUAACCAGUGCCCGAGAGCGGGAAGCUCUACUGUAUUUGAAAAAACAUCGGAUCUUGGACGUGCUGGUCCAUCUUACCAGCAGCAUUCUCUUUCACCAACCAGAUAAACCAAGAGAAUUUUUGCUAGAUAUAUUAUCAAGAAUAAAGAUUGCGAAAACAACUUCGGUAGACUUUCCUUAUCUCAUUGAUGACUCUAACCUGGUUUCUAUGUUUGAAAUAAUGGACCCUACAAAUCAAGGUUUUAUAACUCCUGUUCAGUACAAAGAAGCCCUAAAGAACCUUGGUCUGCUGGAUUCAGAUGAAGUAAUAGAUGAAAAUUUAGAAGUUAUCACUAAGGAUUACUUCAGGAAAGAUGUGGCUAGAAAGACCUUGAAGAUGUGGUUAUCUUUUUAAAAAACCGGAUCCAGUUUGGUUCCUAACGUUUAUCCAGUUGGAUGCUAAGUGCAUUUCCCUAUAUAAAUUAGUGUUUUCCUCAUUAAAUAUGUUAAAUUGAAUGAGUUAAAUGUAUUACAUUAAAUGAUUUAAA